AAUGCUUCUUCCGCCACCAAUCAACCUUCAGACCAAGAGAGGCGUACAAUGCAGAAAGAUCCUCCCUCAGAAUCACCGCGAUUCAUCGGCCGAGAGCCUUCAGAAGCUGAGGUUGCCCCAUUUUUAGACUGCCGAUCUUUUUUUGCAAUGAAUGAAACGGACUGCCCAGGGACGACCUUUCCUGGGCCAGCGCCACCGUGCUCUGUUAAUGAAGACGGCCCACUCGGAACCCCUCGUCCUCCAAUUGAAGAAACCACUCCUGCCACGACCAAAGAAACCACAAGAAUGAUUCUUGUGGGUGCACGGGCGCCAGAAGCAAUUACCUCAGCUCUUGACCGUGUGUAUGGUACAGUAAAGUGGUUCACGAAGGUGCAGGAGGCCAUUGAUGCAGUGGAGUCUGGAGGGAAGCACACCACUGUGAUUGCAGUCCAGCCAGGCACAUACUUUGAGCAGGUACGAGUCCCCUGCAAUAAGACGCACAUUCUGCUGCGGGCGGCAUCAGUUGAAGAAGUGAGCACUGGUGGUGGGGAGGUCCGGAUAGUCUUUGACGCACAUGCAGGGAAACCUAAGCACAGCAGCGGUGGCGUCAGCGGCAGUGGCAGUAUCAAAGGGAAAGAUGCCAGUGCUGCUGACAGCUACACGACAUAUACUUCUGCAACUUUUGCGGUGGAGGCGAGCCAUUUCACAGCAGAGGGGAUAGUGUUUGAGAACGCAGCAGGACCGCAGUGUGGGGGCGCAUCAGGGCAGCACCAGGCGGUGGCAGUGCGGGUGACAGCGGAGCGAGCAGCGUUCCACCGGUGCAGCUUCCUGGGGUGGCAGGAUACGCUCUACUUGCACCGUGGCAGCGCGUGGUUCAGGGAUUGCCGAGUGGAGGGAUCUGUGGACUUCAUCUUUGGAGGACCCAAGCGGCAGAUGCAUCAGUGCCUGACAGCUGUGCGCUGCUGGGACGGCCAUGGGGUCCAGAUGCGCGUGUGCUGCUGCAUGGGUGCAACAUAG